CUGUUAUUAGACUGGUUCAAUCCAGGAACAUCUACCUGCUGUUUUGCGGUUUGGCUACGCCAAAUUGGAUUCUCUACUUUUUAUGGCUCAAUCGUUUUAAAAAUUUAUAGGAAUUUGCAAGAAUAUCGCGUACGUAAAGCUCAUCACGUGUUCGUGAAAGAAGAAGAUUUGAUGAAGUAUUUGGCAUGUAUGCUUGCCUUAGUAAUGACCGGCCUCACAGCCUGGACACUUGGAUCAUUUGCAGAUAGCAGUCUUUGGACAAGUACUUGGCCUCAAUGCCCAGUACAAGCAUGGAGUAUGACUUGGCAAGGCUAUGAAACUUUUUUCCUCAUCUAUGGUAUGCGUUUGUGUUACAAAGCACGUAAUAGUAGUUGGCUGGAAAGGUGGCAGUUCACUGUUGCUGUAUGCAUAGAGGCUGUUGUAACGCUACUUGCUAAUUUUUUAAAGUAAAU